AUGUCUCCACGGGCCUCCAGCUCCUCAGGUGCAACACCCCAGUUCACAUUUGUGACAGGGAACACCCAAUCGGAAGCUCGGAGCCAUGCUAUGAAGGAGCAUUGGAAGCGGCGGCAUCAGCACAAUCAGAAGGUGAAAACACACCACCAGAACAGGUUAUCGCGAACUUUGCCUCUCCUCCCGAAAAGCGGCCUUAAUGAAGCUGUUUCACCGCCAGAAGAUGCGAUUGGCUUUUCAGGGUUGCAACAUCACUGGAACAUUAACGCGGUCAAUAAUGGAGAGAAAGAUUCCAGCAUUCCCACUCAGAUGUUGCGCGGUGUGAGUUAUGCGCUAUCGAGCUCGAAGCCUGACCCGUUUCAAACAUGUCCUGUUCACUUGACGAGCCAGCAUCAGAAACUUUUACAUCACUGGAUUGGCACCCAUGCGGCUAUGAUGUUCGAAGAUCUGGAUGUCACCGAGUUUAAUCCGAUGAGGGAUGUGUGGUUCCCGCUGGAUCUUUCGAAUGCUUCGUCUUUCAACUGCAUCAUGGCGCACUCAGCUGCGCACCUAUCUCAUCUAUACGCUGGCACUCCCCCGCGACGGGGAUCAAAUUCUUCUGAUGCCUUGAAAUAUAAAAUCGAGGCUGUCAGGAUACUACGCCUCUGGCUUGGUGAUCCCGAGAAGGAAUUAAGCGACGACUCUUUUGCUGCUGUUGUUCGCCUGCUCACGUUUGAGCGAUACUGGGGUACAGAGGAAGAUUGGAAAAUCCACCGUGAUGGCUUACAAAGAAUGAUUGAAGCCAAAGGUGGAGUUGAAUCGCUCCACGAGAACUGGCGCUUGGAACUUGUGGUUUAUCUGUGGGUGCAGCCCGCGGCAAGGUCUCGCUAAUGUCGCGGCCGUCAUGGCUCGAGUCCACGAACAACCUCGAACGAAUCUCUCCUCCUCUUUUCUCAACACCCAUUAUGCAACAAACCUCAUCUUGCGAUGUUCAAAAGGUCCGCUGCCUUUGGUUAAUAUCAUUCAUUCAAGACAUGAGAACGUUCAUGGGGUCUGUUUACACUAGAGGACUUUCUUCAUUCCCC